AUGGGCAACUCGUGUUUUCCCCUCAAGGAACGCUUGCUGUUGCGCCUGCGGGCUCUGCCCGCCAGUCUGAGCUUGAUCCGCGCUUUCACGCGCUACCGGAGAAGAAUCGAUUACCGCAUAGUGGUGGUCGGCUCCACUGGGGUGGGGAAGAGCACCAUCGUGAAGCGGUGGGUCCGUGGCACCUUCCGCGACAAAUACCUGGCCACCCUUCAGAGCACCCACCCCCAAGGGCUGGGCCGCAACAAAAUCGGUGGGCUGCGCAUCACCGACACCACAGGCACCCGCCAGUACCCGGGGCUGAAGUACUUUGCCAUUCUCAGAGGGCAUGCUUUCGUCCUGGUCUACUCCGUCGCCAAGAAGGAAACCCUGGAUGAGCUGAAACCCUUCUACGAUCUGAUCCGCAGAAUCAAGGGCAACAACCUGCACAAGUUCCCCGUGGUGCUAGUGGGCAACCAGAGUGACCAGAGCUACCGCGAGCUGAGCGCAAGCGAAGGUGCUGCCCGCGCCCUGGAGUGGAAUUGCGCCUUCCUGGAGACCUCCGCCAAGACCGAGUUCAACCUGCAGGAGUUAUUCCACAUGCUGCUGAACCACGAGAAGAUGUCUGCUGCCUGCCUCCCGAACACCCAGAAGAAUUCCCAGGUGUCCCAGGCUGUGGAGAAGCUGCUAACUAAGUGCAUUGUUAUGUGAGCUUCAGAGUCGACUCCCCCCACCCUCCACUUUCCCAUAGAGUGUAGAAAGCUGACUCUGCUAGUGUCACGCUUCGCCUGUAUACAGUUGGCUUCUGUGCUGUGUCUGGACUGCAACACCUAGACUUCCAUAGAUGUACCUUGUAACUUGAUCAUUUCGGGUUUUCCUGGACCAAAUGAAUUAAUGAAAUCUCGUCCUUACAAAUAUUGGCAUUUCAGGAGAAGAAAAAAGAAACACUGAAUUUUAAAUCAGACUCUUAUUUGUAAAUGGGGGUGGAAAAAAUGUGUUUUCAAGGAAAAAAAGAUACCAAAAUGAAUUGCAAGAAUUACAACCCUUCUUGUAACCCUAUGAUUGUGUCUUGUUUUUAAAAUGUCUAGUUCUGUAAGUGCCUGAUCAUAUCUCCAUUGUGUGCUUGACUGUCGAGAAAUGUGUUUUCCCAACAAAUGCCUUGACAGCUUGCUGUGCAAUUGAUAUAGUAAAGAUAAAAGGGAAUCUUCUGUAACCACUGUGACAUGAGGUCCAGAGCAGAAAAACUGCAAGUGACAUUUGUUCACCAAAGCGCUGAUGAUUGUUUGCUAAUGUAAUCAAAAAUCUUGAGCUAUUUCUCCUUGUAGCUUUCAAAAAAUUUAGCAGUUCCUUAAUAAAGCUUUUCUUGUG